AUGACGUAUUCCGAGAACGACCCUGGCGAGAACCAGACCAUCUCCGGUGGGUUCAUCCUGGUGGGGUUUUCAUACCUUCUCGACCUGCAAAUCCUUCUCUUUCUGCUGCUUCUGGUUGUCUACCUGCUCACCCUGAUGGGGAACUUGCUCGUUAGCCUCCUGAUAAUACUGAACUCCACCCUUCACACCCCCAUGUAUUUCUUCCUGGUGAACCUGUCCUUCCUGGAUGUCUGCUUCACCACCAGUGUGGUCCCUCAGGUGUUGGUUCACCUCCUGGUGGAGGAAAAGACCAUCUCUAUUGAGGGAUGUGUGACUCAGAUGUACGUCUACACCAUCAUGGGUUUCACAGAAUGCUGCCUCCUUGCAGCCAUGUCCUAUGACCGAUAUGUGGCCAUUUGCCACCCCUUGCACUACACGACCAUCAUGAUCAGACAGGUGUGUGCAAAGCUUGCGGGGACUUCAUGGACCUUCGGUAUCUCAGCUUCAGUAGUUGAGACCAUGUGGCUCUUCAGCCUACCCCUCUGUGGCUCCCACUACAUCCACCACUUCUUCUGCGACAUCCCGCCGGUGAUGAAGAAGGUCUGCGAUGACACAACCAAGAUGAAGAUUGUAGGCCUCACUGUGUCAGUGCUGUUUCUCAUGGUCCCUUUCCUGAUGAUACUCCUGUCGUACGUCUGCAUUCUCUCCACCAUCCUCAAGCUGCCGUCUGCAGAGGGGAGGCGUAAAGCCUUCUCCACCUGCUCCUCCCACCUCAUGGUGGUGACUUUGUUCUAUGGAAUAUCCUUUUUCACCUACCUCGUGCCCAAGUCUACCUCCACCAUGGAGCGUGAUCAAAUGAUUUCCCUUGCGAACAGCAUUUUGGCCCCCAUGUUGAACCCCCUAAUAUACACGCUGAGGAACAAAGAGGUGAAAGGAGCCUUUAGAAAAACAGUAGGGAAAUGCAGCUUUGCUCACCGCUGGAGAAAUUAG